GUCAUUUUAGUUUUUGAUUGACAGCCGAAUGAAGAUUGUUCUCGAUAGAAAUGUUUAAUUUUGUAGAAAAACAUGAAAAUUUAUACAUAAAUAAUUGUGAAAGUUACCUAGUUUGUAUUAACAAAUCAAGCUCAUGAACCUUCAACUACCUCUGUUAGAAUUAGAUUGGUCAUAAGUUUAGAGGUUAUAAACCGUAGGAUUUUAUUGAAAUUAAAAAUGUAUUGUUGGGGUAAUUCAACACACCAUGAACUUUGUAUAGAAGGACCCAAUAACAUUGACUUGGUAAUCAAGCCCACCUUAUCAAAAUGGGAAGAGAGUGGUCACAUAAAGUCGGUGUCGGCGGGAGAGUUCCAUGUGCUGUACCUAACGAGCCAGGGCCGCCUGUACUCCUGCGGUAACAAUGAGGUGGGGCAGCUCGGAAGGAGCGCCCAGAACUCUGAAGGAAAGCACCCAGGUCUAGUAGAAACAUUCAAAGGCUGCAACAUAUCGUCCAUAGCAUGCGGCACUCAGCACUCAAUGGCCAUAGAUGAGUGGGGCCAGCCAUUCAGUUGGGGUUCAGAUAGCAUGGGGCAGUUGGGAAGCAACCUAGGAGCGUAUAGCCAAGACAAACCUAAAAUUAUAAAGUUUUUAGCAGCAAGAAAUGUUAUACAAAUUGCUUGUGGAUCAUAUCACUCUGUGGCUUUAACUAAUAGUGGCGAGUUGUAUGCCUGGGGUGCCAAUAAUCAUGGGCAGUGUGGGCUUGGUACGGUCACCAGUAAAGAGACUACACCACAGGCCAUCACAUCCCUAGUUGGAGUGCCCAUUGCACUGAUUGUCUGUGGGAGUAAUCAUACUUUUGCAUUGUCCAAGUCUGGCGCAGUGUUCGGUUGGGGCAAGAACACUCAUGGACAGCUGGGCUUGCAGGACAGAGAGAACCGCUGCUAUCCCACUCACUUGAAGACACUCAGGAAUUCCAAGAUCUGCCACAUAUCCUGCGGUGAAGACUUCACGGCGUUCCUUACCCUCGACGGAGGCGUGUUCACGUGCGGCGCCGGCGAGCACGGCCAGACCGGCCACGGCGGGCAGAAGGACGAGCUGGUGCCCAGGAAGGUGAUGGAGCUAAUGGGCAGCACAGUGUCGCAAGUGGCGUGCGGGCGGCGCCACCUGCUGUGCCUCGUCGGGACGCGGGUGUUGGCCUGCGGGUACGGCGCGAGGGGGCAGCUCGGCUGUCCGCACGUGCCCGUCGCCUUGGUGCCCACGCCGGUCAAUGCGGCGCCUGAGCCGCCGAGGAAGAGAUUCAAGAGUAGCACGAGCACGCCCGCCCCAGCCAUCCAUUUCCCAGACGUGCCGAGCUCGCAGCUCCGUCUGUUCGCCGGUGCGGACCACAGCUUCCUCAUCACCACCGCCGACCCGGCCGUGGAGCUGCACAAGCAGAUCGUCACGCUAACCGUGCCGAGGCUGGCCGCGGCUGAGGUGUUUAAAGACGAUGAUGUUGUUAAUCAGGACCUCCUAGCCUACCUAGAAACCGUUCUCGGCUCGAUAUCCUGCCUCAACGGCUCGUUCCUGCUCGCGGACAACGCCCACUACGGAUGCAACACUAAAGUGCCGGGGGUGAACCUGAAGCGAGCCGCCGAAGCCUUCGAGACUAUCAGCAGAUGCGACAACCAGUCGGUUAAGGAACUUAUCUUCAGCCACCUCACAGAGAACAUAAUAAAGAAGGUGAAAGUGUCGCCCCCUGACGCGGAGGCUCUGCGGAUAUUCCUGACCCUGCCGCUGUACCACGAGAUGAGGAACCCACGGCGGCAUCCGGAGUUACAGGGCCCGUUCGCAGAAGCAUUCAACAGGCUAUCCACCUACCCGCAGCGCAUAGUCACGCUCUGGUGGCAGGCGCAAGCGACAGACUACUUCGAGAUGUUGGUGGACAUCUUCAAGAGCGUCAUCGUGUAUGAGCUCAUGCAGCCCUCUGUUAGGGCUAAUAAGAAACUGUACUUCAACCACAGCAUAAUCCAGAUCCUGAACACCCUGACGCAACUAAACAAGAUCAACUUCACGAACCCCAAGAAGCCGAAGAUCCCGGCCGAGUGUUUCUACAUCGAGGACCUCAGCAGCCACGUGGAUCUAGCUACGGAUUAUAUUAACUGGCUGUCGGAUCAAGAUUCCCGCCACCCGCACAUGUGCAACUACGCCUUCCUAUUCGACGUCCAAUGCAAGUCUCUGCUACUCAAAGUGGACCAACAACUGCAGAUGCAGAUGGCUAUCAACCGCGCCGCCACGCAGAUAAUCACCCGACUCGUGUUUGACCCUUCGUACGAGUACCAUAGAGACCAGUUCUUGAAUCUGACGGUGUCGAGGAAUCAUAUAGUGAGGGAUACGGUAGCGCAGAUUAGCAGUCAUGACAGCUCGCAGUUGAAGAAGCCUUUGAGGGUAGAGUUCGUGAACGAAGAAGCGGAAGACGCCGGCGGGGUCCGCAAGGAGUUCUUCUUGCUCCUGCUGAAGGAGAUAUUCGACCCGGUGUACGGCAUGUUCCAGCAGAGCGACGAGACGCACAUGAUCUGGUUCUCGAAUAAUCCGUUCGAGGAUGACGUCAUGUACUAUCUGAUUGGUGCAAUAUACGGGCUGGCGAUAUACAACUCCAUCAUCAUCUACGUGCCGUUCCCGCUAGUGCUGUACAAGAAACUGCUGGGAGAGUCGGUGAUGUUGGACGAUCUUACGGAUCUUUAUCCAACGCUGGCUAACAGUUUGAAGAGCUUGUUGGAUUAUACUGAGGAUGAUGUUGAAGAGGUAUUCAGCCUGUGCUUCGCAGUGAACACGGUGGUCUUCGACCAGAUCCAGGUGCACCCACUGAAAGAGGGCGGGGAGGCGCUCCCAGUGACCCAUGAGAAUAAGGAAGAGUACGUGGAGCUGUACGUGGACUUCUUGCUCAACAAGUCUGUGGAGAACCAGUUCAAGGCGUUCAAUCAGGGGUUUCAGAAGGUAUGCGGCGGCCGCAUAAUCAAGCUGUUCCGUUCGCACGAACUAAUGUCGGCGGUGAUCGGGCACGCGCAGUACGACUGGGAGCAGUUCGAGGCGCGCGCCGAGUACAAGGCGGGCUAUAGCAGCACCGACCCGCAAGUCAGAUGGUUCUGGGAGGUGUUCCACGAGCUUCCUCUUGAGGACAAGAAGAAGUUCCUGCUGUUCCUGACGGGCAGCGACCGGGUUCCCAUACAGGGCAUGAAGGAAAUCAAGAUAAGAAUCCAGCCAGUAGCCGACGACCGCUACUUCCCCGUGGCUCACACGUGCUUCAAUCUACUGGACCUGCCUCGAUACAAGACCAAGGAGCGACUCAAGUACUACCUACUGCAGGCCAUACAGCAGACGCAGGGGUUCUCGCUAGUUUAGCAACACCCUGUAUGUGUGAAGCAGGAAUGGCCAAGGGUGGUUAGUCCAGUCGUUCGUUAACAAUCACUUUUUACUGAGCUGUUUCAUCUAUUUAUUAUCAAAGUAGGUCGAUGGUCAAAUCAAGUUGGCAAACCCUGGAGUAAAGUGAUGUGAAAGUGGAGGAAUCCAUCGUGAGGAAAUUUGGUUUCUAGGGUCAAUCUACGGCUAAAAUAACUGAGGGUGGCUAUCUUGUGUUAGCGAGUCACUGUAAGCUACCCGUUGGGGAUGUAAUAAUGGUGAAGCUUAUUCCAGAUGUCGCCACUGUCGAGUAGGCCCGAUUCCCCAAUUCUAAUUGGUCAGAACCUGAAAGGCAGACUCGAUAGUGCUGCCAAAGUUUCACUUGGUUUUCUUCCCCAGCUUGCAUAAGCAUGAACCCUCGAUUUGUUGGUUAACAAAUAAUACAGUUUUAAUGAUAAUUUG